AUGUCAGAAUUCUCUGCAAUCUUACGGGAUCUUGCCGAUGAAUCGAUGCGAGAAAUCGACUUUUUCGAUUCUUCCUUCUUCAAAGUGCCCGGCAGAAGCCUCCGGACACCGGCGCAAGUCAGAGCUUUCUCGAAAGACAUUCACGCGAACCCCCAGUCACAGCCUAUUACGUUCGAAGAGUUGAAAAUCGUCGUCAAGUUUGGCCCUUAUGUCACGAUCGCAGAAGCGCAGUGUAUUUGGAUGAUCAAACGGGCCUUUGACGACGAGAUUCCAGUGCCCGAAAUUUUUGGGUGGCGAGUCGACGAGGAGAACUAUGUAUUUCCCUGUGGAGUCUAUCCAAGGACAGACACUGCAGGACAGCCGGAAUGA